AUGGGAGCCGCCCGCCUGCUGCCUAACCUUACUCUGUGCUUGCAGCUAUUGAUUCUCUGCUGUCAAACGCAGGGGGAGAAUCACCCGUCUCCUAAUUUUAACCAGUACGUGAGGGACCAGGGUGCCAUGACUGACCAGCUGAGCAGACGGCAAAUCCGUGAGUACCAGCUCUACAGCCGGACCAGUGGCAAGCAUGUGCAGGUCACCGGGCGUCGCAUCUCUGCCACUGCUGAGGAUGGCAACAAGUUUGCCAAGCUCAUCGUGGAGACGGAUACAUUCGGCAGCCGGGUGCGCAUCAAGGGGGCAGAGAGCGAGAAGUAUAUCUGCAUGAACAAGAGGGGCAAGCUGAUUGGGAAGCCUAGUGGGAAGAGCAAAGACUGCGUGUUCACCGAGAUCGUACUGGAGAACAACUACACAGCCUUCCAGAACGCCCGGCAUGAGGGCUGGUUCAUGGCUUUCACUCGGCAGGGCCGGCCUCGCCAGGCCUCCCGAAGCCGCCAGAACCAGCGAGAGGCCCACUUCAUCAAGCGCCUCUACCAGGGCCAGCUGCCUUUCCCCAACCAUGCCGACAGGCAGAAGCAGUUCGAGUUCGUGGGCUCGGCCCCCACCCGCAGGACCAAGCGUACUCGGAGGCCCCAGCCCCAAACGUAAUCAGGGAGGCCAUAGCGAGCAAACCGGGUAGAUGCCCCUCGGCAGCCUUUUUUCUCUUCUUUAACGCAUCCAAAGAUGGGGGCUGGGUGGAAGUUGG